GCAGGCGCCUGCGGAUCCCGUGACAGCGCGCCCCGCCCUAAGCCGCCGCGGUUAUGCAGUCCCCACCGGUGCUCGUCACCUCCAGGCGAGUUCAGAAUGUCCACACGGGCCUCGACCUGACCGUGCCCCAGCACCAGGAGGUGCGGGGCAAGAUGAUGUCAGGGCACGUGGAGUACCAGGUCCUGGCGGUCACCCGGCUGGCUGCCUUCAAGUCGGCCAAGCACAGGCCCGAGGAUGUCGUCCAGUUCUUGGUCUCCAAAAAGUACAGCGAGAUCGAGGAGUUUUACCAGAAGCUGAGCGGUCGUCACCCCGCAGCCAGCCUUCCCCCGCUCCCCAGGAAGGUCCUGUUUGUGGGGGAGUCCGACAUCCGGGAAAGGAGAGCCAUGUUUGACGAGAUUCUGCGCUACAUCGCCAAGGAUGCCGAACUCGCGGGCAGCCCAGAGCUGCUGGAAUUCUUAGGCACCAGACCUCUGGGGGCUUCGGACCUUACCAGCCGAGAUGUCUCUGUCCUGGACACAGACAGCCAAGCAGGGGACACCGGAGAGGCUUUUGACUUCUUCCAGCAGCAGGAGCAAGCGGAGGGGCCGCCCACCCCGGGCCAGAAGGACGAGGAUGCAGAGAAGUCCUCCGAAGAGGAGGAGGCCCUGGACCCUCUGGGCAUCAUGCGCUCCAAGAAGCCCAAGAGACGCCCAGAAGUGGCCGUGAAGCCCAGACCCAGACCGUCCCCCCGGCUCACCAUCUUUGACGAAGAGGCGGACCCCGACGAGGGGCUCUUCCGCCCAAGUAGCAGGCCGUCCCCGCGGAGCCCCACGGAGGACUCAGCCCCCAGGGACCCCCUGAAGUUGUUCGACGAUCCUGACCUCGGCGGGGCCGUCGCCCUGGGUGACCCCUUACUGCUGCCAGCAGCCUGUGACAGCGGAGGGCCCACCACCCGCCUGGACCACAGAGAGACCCCCGGGGAUCUAUUCAGAGUUGAAGAGGACUUGGACCAGAUUCUGAACCUGGGGGCCGAGACCAAACCCCAGCCACAGCCAAAGCGUAAGCCACCAGUGGCAGCUAAGCCCGCGCUACCCAGAAAGCCAGCUGUGCCCCCCAGAGCGGGCCCGCCCGAGUCCGUAGCUGGGCAGCAGAGGCAGCAGCAGCAGCAGCAGCAGAUCCAAGCCAUGGACGAGAUGGACAUCUUGCAGUACAUCCGGGACCACGACACGCCUGGCCAGGCCGCCCCCAGCCUCUUCUGACCCUCCCUCCCCUGCCAGCAGGCCUGGGCCAGCGGCCCCUCCCCCAGGGUGAGGUAGGGCCGUGCCUUGCAGGCCAGGCCCUUUCAUCCCAGGGGAGGGAGGGUGGAAGCCAGGGUACAGGACCCCCCUACUACCUUGCUCCUUUUGCUCUGGCCUGUGGGGUCAUGGAACCCUGUAGGAUGCAGAGAGGUCACCGCAGGAAUUGAGCCCAGUUGUCUCAGCCACGUGCAUUGUGAGGGAAAGCGUGUGGGGGCACCUUGCUAACCAGCAGCCCGGCCCCCAGGGAGGACUGAGACUGGGGAGGGCCCGGGAGACUUCACUCAGGGCAGGAAAACUCUGUGUCUACUUGUACCGGUCUGCUCCACCACCGCAGCCCGGGAGGGAGGGUCUGCCACCUGGGGUGGGACUGAGGGGACCAGAGUCUCUGGGUAGCAUGGCUCUGGGGCCUGUAAGCUUUGGGAGAGUCCCCCAGGAGAGGGAUGCUGAGUGGGGGCCAGGGGGAGCCUGGCCGGGUGGGGUGUCACCCCUGAGUCACCUGGCUGAGUCACCUCUGGCUACCAGGUGCUAAGCAGGGUUUUUUCCCUUGUGUCCAACGUAGAGACCGCAGGCUGCACCCCUGCACCUCUGGGCCUAACAAGCCCCGUCUGCCUCUUUCCGUUUCCAGGGGAGACCUGGCCAGACAGACCAGGGCCCCCUCGGGCCUCUGGCCACGAAGCCAGUGCCUUGCUGAGCAGAGUGGUCACUGCAUCCUGCAGAGCUCCACCUGGCCUGGGGUGUCCCGCUGCUCAGAGCCGACUUGGGCAGGGUGCUCUCCGGCUGCUGCUUCGAGGCCUGGUCUGUGCAGUGGCAGGUGCUGCCAGGCCUCCCCCGCCUUCCGGGUCCGGACUCGCCCACCGGCCUUUCACAGUGGGAGCUGCCUUCCCGGGGAGAAGGAGCCUUGUCCUGGGGGAGGGCCAGUGCCUUAGACUUGUCCCGGGCCCCCCAUGCCCGGCCCUCAGGCCUGGGCCUGGGCCUGGUGCAGUGGUCAGGAAAUCCUCAGUGAGUGAGUGAUGUUUAAUGGACCAGAGAAUGCCUUUUUAUGAUAUAUUCUUCAUAUUCAGACCUAGUUUUUAAUGAAACACAAGUUUUUUUUAUGAAAUGCAGCCACUCUUGUCCCUGGCUUGCCCGGCAGAGGCAUUGGAAGGAAUCUUGGACGAGGACCCAGCCCUUUCCUAACUGGGGCCGACAGCCAGCCCUGAGGGCGGCCCUCUGGCCGGGCCGGGUGCUUGCAGCCAUCAGAGCCCCUAGUCCGGUCCCUGCCCUCUGCCAGGGCCUGUGGGUAGUGGGGGCGCUCCGUCUGGUCUGUCCUGUGUCUCGCUCACCCUCGUCAGCUGCCCAGUCUGGAAAAGGCCAUCCCUGACCCUCCACCUUGGCCACAGUGAGGGGGAACAGGCAGUUCUGGGGCCUGGGGGCUGAUCCCUCCCGCUCUUUGCCUUACCCCAGCCCCCAGGGCCCCAUCUCUCCAGCCCCGGAGCUGGCUCUGGAACAGCCUCAGCCCUGGCUAUUCUCAGGUGCCGCUCCCGUUCACUGCCAGGCCUUCACGCCCCGCCCAGACCUGCCCACCCGCUUGCUGACCGCAGGAAGUGUGGAGUGGUGGGUGAUGGGCUGGACUCUUUCCUGCCCUGUUCUCAACACCGCACCCCAUGCCAGCUCUCUGCCCUUUCCGUAACGCCCCCUCCCACAACGUGUGAUAUGGAAGCAGAGGGCGCAGCUGACAGGUGCCUGGUGCCCAUGGGGGCUGCCACUCUAGUGUGAGUUUAUCCACUGAGGCCUGGCCUCCUCGGUGGCUUGGUACUCUCUGGUCACCUCAGCCAAGGUGUACGCUUCUCAGAUUCCAAUGCUCAAACUGCGGCUGGUUCUCACCGCAGGUCUGUGACCUGCUGGCAAACCAGUGGCACCCAGUCAUGCAAUAAAAUCUGUGUCCGUGGCUCAUUCCA